AUGGCCUCCACAACCCUCCUCGUCACUCUUCUCAUCCUCAGUUGGUUCUUUAUUGCCCUCCUCAUCCUCAUCCUCGUUCUUGCCGUCUUCUUUAUCAAGGAGACAUACACCUUCAAGAUCAAUCUUGAACGUAACCCCACCCCCAUCAAUACCCCCAUCGCCAAACAAGCUCUCAACUGGGCCAACAACGGUGUACAAUCACUCCCCUCACCACCGUCACCCUUGCUGUUGUCGAUGAGCACCCCCACCUCCUUCUCCUAG